CGCAUUCUACAACCGACUCUCUCUAUCUCUCUCUCUGGGUUUGAAAUUUGAAUUGAUAUUCUAUUUCAUUCAUCCAUGGCUUCUCGAUUCAGUGGGACUCCUGUUUCCUUUUUCAUUUACUCUUCUCCUUUUCCUUCUCAAGAAGAAGAAGAACAAAUUGGGAGUCCGAAGAGUCCUGUCAGUGUUAUUCCCGUUUCGUUUUUCUCAUCUCGAGAACAACAAAUUGGGACUCCAUUUACUCCUCACAAUGCUCCUAAAAUCAUGAACCCUAACUUCUCCAUCUCUGCUGAUCGGUUCCGGUUUCGGGUGCCGUACACAACUGAUGAUGCUGUAGUGCUUCAGAAUCUAAUCCACACCAUUCACUCCGUUAUCAAUAGAGAUAAGAUGAAAUCAAAUUCAUCAUCCCUAACAACUGCUCAGAGGCUCUUCAACUCACUUGAUCUUGUUCAGAAAAAGGUCACGCAGCAAUUGGAGAGAAUUAAGGAAACCCCCACUUUUCAGAUGGGGGUUCAGAAAAGUGCUUUGAUCCUUCUUUCUAUCCUUGAUUGAAGAAAUGGUGCGAUGAUUAUUUUUACAUAUAGAGGUAUAUUUCUUUUUAAAGCCUUUUAUUAUUAGAACUCAUAAGAUGGAACUGAUGAUGCAUUGAUUUUUCCAGCACUUGUUAUGAAUCUUAGUAACUUCUCGUUUUUAGUAACAUGUGUUUUUGAAAGUCACCUAAAUGCACUCAAUUUACAAGUUGGGUUGAUAUCUCAACAUUUGUAUGAUGUAUGGGAUUUAAAAUUGUUUUGUAUGUACACAAUCCUAGUAGUUGAUCCACCCCUGAGAUUCCAACCCAGCCCAAUAUAUAGGCUGGUUUCGCCCCUUUUGAAUUGAUUGCAUGGAAGAAAGAGGGCAUUUUAAGAUCAAACUGUCAAAGUUCUGGUAAAACCGCCCCUUUGAGUUCACCUUUGAGAAGCAGUGGAGAAACAACUUGUCAGCAGUCCAAUAUAUAAGCCAAUUCAGAAGCUCAACAAAUUCAUCAAUAUGUUGUUUUUGCUUGGAUGAAAACAUGUGGUAUGGGGUUAUAGGUAAAUCACAUCCUGUUAGUCAGUUAUUGAACACGUGGAAUUUGUUCGUAGUUUAUUUUUAUUUUUAAGUUGAGCUUGUUAUCAUACACUUGAAUUUAGAAAGAAUGCCUGCAAAUUCAGACCAGACUUGCCAAGCCAACCUGCCCUUCCUUGCCUGUUAUGAACUUAUUUUGUUUAGGUGUUUAUGUUUUAGGAUGAGUUUUGGGGGCCCAAAGUGGAGGGAUUGCAUCAAAGUUUGGCUCCCCAACCAGCCAUGAAUAAUCAACUCAUUUGUGACUUUACUUUCAUCAUUUCAGUUAUUUAGGAAUAUAAAGUUAGUUUUAUUACCAUGUUUAUUACUGGCUCUGGUUUAGGUUUCCUAACCCUUUAAGGGGCAGGUUGCACUGGGCAAUUUUGUACAUAGCAAUUUCGAAGUGACCCAAACUUAGGACAUUGAUAACUCUAGCUUGGGUCUGCCCUUUGAUUUCUGAAUCAAAAUGAGCAGAUAAAUUAUCUCCUUCAGUGUUGAGUGUUGCAUUAUCUUUAUAACGCCCACCUCAUCAACAGACUGAUGUUUAUUGGUUUUAUCUCUUUACUGGUGCAAAUUAGAGAGCAGGCUUGUUUACUCCAGUUUUCUUUGGUGGUUGUAUGUUUUCAUUGGUUGAAUAGGAUAAUAGUGAACUAAAUUGGCUCUAUUUAUCUUACGUGUGAAACUUAUUGACAGUUAUGCCUUGUAUUGACUACUAAUGGUAUAUGCAGUACCAAGGUGAGAGGCGUGGGCUUGGGGGAAUAUUUUUUUGAUGGAGCAAUUGGAGAGCAUUAAGGAAACCCCCACUUUUCAGAAGGGGGAGAGAAAAAAAAUUCAAACUUUGAUGUCUAUGUGCUGAUUACAACACGCACUACACAAAGUACAACUGAGAGAACACAACAGAACAGAGUUUAAAGACUGAUUGACAGACAAGGGAACAAGAAACCUAUGUUUUGAAAACCUUUUUUUUUUGGUUAGGACUCUUGAAGUGUAAUUAUGUUCUCUCUGUUUGGUAAGCCUUUUGAACGCUUUGUAUUUUGAAAGAAAUAGUGAUUUCAGAAGUUGUGUUUUGAAAACUUUAAAAAAAAAAAAAAUGCAAUUAAGCCUUUGAUAAAAUCUUUGCAAAAUGUUGUUUCUGUGAAAGAAAACACAGUUUUCUGGAAAAUUUUGGAAAAAAAAAAAAAAACAAAGAUCCCAUGAGUUUUUUUUUUGUUGUAUUUUUUCCCCCUCAUAGCCAAGCUGCUAUUUGUUUUUGGGUUUGAAUAUAAAAUUGCUCUUUUUUCUCCACAAAAUGGCAAUGGCAAACAGACCCUUAAAUCUACUUCGGGAGUCCUAAGUGCCUACACCGGCUGGCAUGUUAGUUAAUUGUUACCAUCAUUCACUGAUGGUACGUGUUGUGUAAGACUAGCUAUCGUUUUGAGAAGCUGUUGUAUAUAAUAAUAUUUUUGGUAAUCCUGAUGUAUAUAAUAUGGUCUUAUGUUAGUUUCUCUCACAUUAUUUUACA